AUGCCCAAGAAUAAGAAGAAACCAGAAAGUUCCAGCAGUGACAGUGAUGAUGGUCCAGUUGAUAGGAAUCCACCAGCAGAAAAAAAAGCUAAAAUGGGUUCCAGAACUGAGGACAAAGAACCGACUUGGGUCCUGCAAGGCAAAAAGCUAGUAAAAGUCAGAGAAUUUAAGGGAAAAGUAUAUGUAGAUGUAAGGGAAUUCUAUGAAAAAAAUGGAGAAAUGUUACCUGGUAAGAAAGGUAUCAGUUUAACCCCAGAACAGUGGAGAAAGCUCUUGUCAUUAGGAGAUGAAAUAAAUGAAGCUAUUAGUUCUUCUUGU